AUGCUGCCAGCCACUUCUACCGGCGACGGUGAUGGUCAGGGCCAGGGGACUACCGUCCUCUCCAAGGCCAACUCUUCACAUCCGUCGAGCGAUGCCAUUACCCCUACACUCUGCGCUGUCACUCCCCCGGUCAUAGAGGACCCCAACGGCGGCUCGAAUCUCGAGAAAAAUGCUAACGACACCGAUGACGCCGAGGACACCGACCCAGACACCGACCCAGCCACCGACACUGACACGGGCGGUGAAUCUGACGGCGAUGAUGAUGGCCCCGACGGUGUCGAUUACCAUAUCGACGUGCCGUCGGAUGGAGGACGCCCAGGAGGUUGGCGCACAGGGGUUUACACGACCUUGAAGAUGGUUGUGGCGGAGGCCAAAGGCGCAGCCUCCAAGUCCGUCGUUCGGUAUAUCAAGAAAUAUCUCAAAGGCACCAAGCUCAUCUUCGUAGUCGGCCAGACCGGGACCGGAAAGUCAAGCCUGCUCAGGGAGCUUACUGGUCAGGACAUCACCAUUGGCGAGACUCAUAAAUCUGGGACGAAAGAGUACGGAGUCUGUCCGGCCAUCAUCCAUGGGGAGCAAUACCUGUUUGUUGACACCGCCGGGUUUGGGGCCAGUGAUAUCAAGGACAUGGACAACUUUUACGACGUUAUGAGCUGCCUAGACGCCCUUGCCCCCUUUGUCAUCAUUGCUGGCAUUCUUUUUGUCUACGGUGGCACUCAGGACCGGAUGCAUGCCCACGACCUGACGACGACGCAGUGGGUCAAGUGCUUCUGCGGUCCCGAGUUCUACAAGUACAUCACCAUUGUGACGACCAAAUGGGAUACGCUGCGAGAGGAGGCCUUCACAGAAGCCUGGCGGAGAUUUACCGGCGUCAUCGGUGACCCGGUCGUUGCGGAUAUUCUCAACCGGGCCUCCGCCGCCACGCAACGCUACCACGGGGGUUCUGUUUACCACCAUGGUGUCGUGAUGGACGACGCUAACCCGGGUGUGCCACUGCGAUGCCUUCCCAAAGAAACCUGCGCUGGCGGGCGGGCAUCAUACGCGAGAGAUAUGAUUAGGGAUCGCUACAGCGGAAAGCCAAAGGUUGAGCUCCAAGUCCUCCGAGAGAUGGCGGUUGGGGUUCGUUGGCACGAGACCGAGGCCGCAAAAGUGCUCCAGAACAGUCACCUGACCAUCAAGCUGAACGUCCGUGAUGACCUUCUCCGUGUCACUGUCAUCCUGGACAAGAAGCCGGUCGAUGAACUCAACACGGAGCCCGAGGCUCGGAGGACCGCCAGCACCGUGCGACCUGCCCCUGCAUUAGUCGACGUCCCUCUGUCGAGUGAGUUUGAAAACCCUCUGACGGAGAAGCCAGUCAAACGCAACGCGAAGCCCAAGGUUCGGAGAAUAACCGCCAGCGCCUUGCAGCCUGCCCCUGAACCGGUCAUCCCUCUGUUGAGUAUAUCGGAAGGCCCCUGGACGAGGAAGCCGCAGCGCUCGUGGUAUGAUCGGCUCUGGGACUGGCUCGAAAAGGCGAAAGAGCUAGCUUCCUUCUUCCACUCCCACCAGAAACAACGAGGAAGGGCUGGUGGGAAUGGAGGUUUUCAACCAAGGCCCACCACUUGGGCUAGUCUAGUGGGCACACUGAUGCAUUGGUGGUUAGGGCCGAAAGCCAAACGUAGAUGAAGGAGAUGCCUAGGGUGGCACGACGAGUCUUUUCGUUGGGGGUCAGAGCCCGAACAUCACCUCUCCCCCCUUGUCUUUCUCAUCUUUCUCAUCUAUUUACACUCCGUUCAUUUUUCUAAAUGCGAUUUGUGAUCUUUUCAUAACAACAUCAGGUCGUUUCCCUGGUCUGCAUCAUGUCAAUAUCUUGACUUAUGGUACCUACCAAUGAGUCAAUCUUUGCUAUA